AUGGAACAUGGCGAGCUAGUCAGCGAGUACCGGUGCUAUAGCGAGCGGGUUUCGCGCGGGUUGUACCAUGCUGAGGUGUGCAUGACGGUGCGGAUGCUGCACAGUUGUUUGGAUCAGAGCCAUGCGCGUGUGUUGGGUGGUAAGUUGUACUGGAAGAACCGUGCUAUUAGGCGGUUGAAGUUUGUUGGUACAGUGAUUGGUGUCAAGUAUAUGUGGCUCAAGGGAGAUGACUACGCCGUAAUUCAUCUGGAUGAUUCGUCAGAUUCGUCGAUCCUGAAGUGCAAAUGUGAAGUUAAUCAAUUGAACUCGUUUGGGAUUAACAUUAAUGCUGGUUUUAUCGGUUCGAGAGUGGAAGUAUGUGGUGUUUACAAUACCGAAUUCAAUGAGCUGGAAGUAGGUUUUAUCGGGGUGUUGCCGAGCACGUUGUUUUCAGAGAUAGAGCAUUGGAGGAAAUGUUGUCUACUGUUGCGUAUGCCUGACGACCUUACUGAUGAAGAAUUAAAAGCUAGUGGGAUUGGUGACGACGAAAUGCAAGACGGGCGGGAUUCACCACUGGAUGAAUAUUUCAGUACACCACCUCAAAACAAAGCGCAGUUCAUUGAAAAGUUAGUGCUAAGAGAUGUCAAGGAUAAGCUAGAGAUAACAAGCCCCGAUCCUGUGCGAAACGAGUCUAUUAGUGUUGUGGAUGACACAUGCGAUAAUACCACGCUUGGAUCUAAUACCAUUGACCUACGUACUGCAAUAGAACCUAUUACUCAACCGGAAGUAAGUGGGAAUGACAAUUUCUACAAACCAGCCACGGGAUCGACAAGCAAGAGGAAGCUGUACCGCAAGUUAUUCAUUGCUAUUUAUCUCAUCCCUGAGGAAGAGUGCACAAUUAAUGAUUUGGCUCGUGACAUCGGUAUCACUAGUGUUUUAAAAGGGUUCCUUGAUGGCCAAGGACACAUAUCAAAUGAUGAUAUGCAAAUUAUCUUACAGGAGUACCUGUCACAACUUAUCACUGGCGAUGUGUUGGUCAUCACUGCGAGAAACCGAGUGUCAUUAAAGAAACUACAUGCGUUGAAAGCAUACACACAGAAGAGAAUAAACCUCCUGCUGAAAAUACAAGCACUUCUCGGUACAGUCAGGUAUCAGGAUGUCCUACAGUCCACAUCUAUGGCCAUCCCUGCGGAGACAAUCAUAGACGCAUUCAAAGAGUCAUUGAGAACCAUCGAUGCGGGCGUCGCGUGGUUCAUCGAGACGCACCAACACUCAUUCACUAUCCAUUUCACAUACAGCCAAUCAACUCAAACAUGCAAUAAUUAA